AUGAAUGAUCUUUUUUUUAAAGUUUAUCGUAAUCAUUAUCUAAGAAAAAUAAUAUUUUCUUCUAUAAAUCAAAUAAAUAGGAGUUUAUAUUAUUUCACUUAUGACUAUUAUAGUAUACCAUUUGAUGUUAUAAUCAAAACAGAUAAUAAACAACUAUUAUUAGAAAGAUUAAAAUUAUACGAAAAAUAUUUUUACAACACUAAAUAUAAUAAUAAUAAUAUAGAUAAUAAUAUAGAUAAUAAUAUAGAUAAUAUAGAUAAUCACGAUUUAAAUAUUUAUAAAUACUACAUUGAUUUUAAUAAUUGCGAAGUUAUAUUUAACUGGAAAUCACUCGAUUUAGAAUGUUUAGACCUUAUUAUCAAGCUUAAUCCAAAAAAGUUAGAAUAUUCAUCAGAAAAUAAAAAUGCAUUGAUAAGAAACUGUAACUUGCCAGUACUAAAAAGAAUUAUUAAUCAAGGGUCAUUCACACUCAAUAAACUAAUGUUCAACUAUGAAAAAUGUUCAAAUGAUGAAAUUAUUGAAAUGUACAACUAUUUAACAACAGUAACCACUGUGACAACAGCUCAUUUAGUUCAACUACUAAAACAAAUUAUUGAUGAAAAAAAGACAAAAGAACUUGGUAAAUUUUUUAUAAAUGAAAUUGAUUCAGUAUCAUUUUCAAAAAUUGAAAUUUUAGAUUUAUUAGAUAAAAUUUUAAACUACAACGAUUUAGAAAUGAUAAAAUACCUUUUAAAUAAAUUAAGUUUACAAGAUCAAUGUAAUAGUAGUAAUAAUGACCAAUUUAUAGAGAUUUAUGGAUAUAAAAUUAAAAAAAGCAACAUUGAAAACUAUUUAUCAAUUAGAGCAAAUAGUUUAUUUAAUUCAACUUUAGAUGAUUUAGUUAUUCAAAUUUUAAGAUAUUCACCAAGAGACUAUAUGGUCCAAAAAUUUUUAAUUAAAACACCAAAAAUAGCAGAAUUUUUAAUUAAUAAUAGCGACAUCGGCACCAACAGAAACUCCAAAUUCAGGUUUGGUAAAAUGAUGUUUUGUGCCAACUGCCUAGAGGAUGACUUAUCGAAUAAAGAACUUUUUGAAAACAAACCAGUCGAAUGGAGGAUCAACAAUAUUUCGAAUAUAGAAAAGUUUGAAUACUUGAAGAGUUGGAACCUAAUUUUUAGUGAUGCAUAUUUAACAAAUGCCUUUAAUGGAGAUUUAAAAUUUUUAAUCAACUAUUACAAACAUAUAAAUUUAACACCAACAUCAUCAGUAUUAGAAAGUGCUGCAUCUUUAGGUUAUUAUGAUAUGGUAUAUUAUAUUUUAAUAUCAUAUCCCUCUGACAAAUGGGACAUACGUAGUUUGUUUAAAGUUUUAAAACAUUGCCUACAGCAAAAAGAAAUCGUUCAACUCAUAAGAAAAAUCGCCUUCAAUUCAAAGACUAACUUAUUCCAAACAACAACAAUGAAAACAAAAUUCUUUUUUGUGUCCAAUUAUGAAGAAAGAAAAUAUUAUUUGGUGCACUAG